AUGGCGGCGAGCCAUAGAAAUGAAGAGUUGCGUUCUGCUAAACUUCACAUAGAAGAGAUAAGGACUAAAAAGUUCUCUAUUGGGAAGAAAGAACCAAACCCCUUAACCCUCGAUCUUCAUCAUGCGGUCACCAGUUUAUCUGCGGAACUGUACCAGAAAGACAUCCAUUUCCUGAUGGAGCUCAUACAGAACGCAGAAGACAAUGAAUACAAAAAAGGGGUAGAACCAACGCUGGAAUUUGUGCUGACCAAGAAAGACAUAACUGGGACUGGAGCACCAGCUACUCUGCUUGUUUUUAAUAAUGAGGUUGGCUUUUCCAGGAAGAAUAUUGAUUCCAUCUGCAGCAUAGGCCGUUCUACAAAGAAGGGAAAGAGGCAGCAGGGUUUUAUUGGAGAAAAGCCUCAUAUAUUUAGCAACAGAUAUCGGGUCAGAUUUACGGAAGAACCAAACCAAGAUUGUGGUAUUGGCUAUGUAGUUCCUGAAUGGGUUAGCGGAAAACCUCAUUUAUCAAGCAUAUGUGAUGUAUAUGGUGUCAACAAGAUCUUGCCAACAACUACGUUUAUUCUUCCCCUGAAGCCUGACAAGGUGGAGGCUGUUAGAGCACAGCUGUCAGAGCUUCACCCAGAGAUUCUCCUGUUCUUAUCCAAGGUGAAGCGGUUAUAUGUACGUGGUUGUGAUCCUGAAGAAGCUGAUGACAUCUCUACAAUUUCUAUAUUUAGUGAGAGUGAACAUAUGGAUUUGAGCGAUGAAAGAGCCAAUUCUCGUGUUGUGCAUCUUUCAGUAAAAGAGAAAAAGUGUGAUACUGAGUUGUGCAAGUAUUACUUGUGGAGAGAGGCAUUUCCAGUAAAACCUGGGAAUCAAGUUAGUAUAAGGAUGGAUGUGGAGAAAUGGGUGAUUACUCUUGCUUUCCCGUUUGGAGAAAGACUGAGAAGGGGAACGUCUUCUGUUGGUAUAUUUGCUUUCCUUCCUACAGCAACGGUCACAAACUUCCCCUUUGUAAUUCAAGCUGAUUUCAUCCUUUCUUCUUCACGAGAAUCUAUACUGUUGGACAAUGUAUGGAAUUUGGGAAUUCUUGAUUGUGUCCCAUCAGCCUUUGUAAAUGCUUUCCAGUCUUGUGUAAGAGAACUUCAACUCUUUCCUUCCAUGGAUCAGACAUUUCAGUUUUUACCUGCCCAAGAUUCAGCAAUUCCCGUGUUCAACAACUUAAGAGAGUCCAUAAAAACUAGUUUGCGAUGUCUACAGAUAGUGCCUUCUGAAAUAUUUUCUGGUAAGAGUUGUUUAUUCCUGACGCCUGAACAAGCAGUUCGGGUCUCGCCACAAUUCAGGGACCUAGUCCUUCAAAUGGAAAGUGAAGGGGCUAUUUCAAGCAAUUUAUCUUCAUUGAAGAAGGUCUUGCAUUCAUCUCUGGACCUCGAAAAAUACAGUGCAGUUCUGGACUUUCUGGAUGUGGCAGCUGCUAGUGGUCAUUGGUACACAAAAUGCAUCAGAUCCUGCAAUAUUGUGUUGUUAUCUGAUGAGGUAUAUGUUGAACUACUUGGUUUUAUUGUUGAUAAUGAGAAAAGGUUUGCAAAAGGUAUUAAGACCAUACCUCUUAUUAAAUACAUCAAUAGCGAAGGAAACUUGGAAUUGUGUACAAUUGCUGAAACCACAACAGGGAUUCCAGGGACACUGAAGGUUCGAUAUGCUAUGGAGCUGGAGCUUCACACUUGGCUGAGCAAGUGCAAUAUGGAGUUUGGAUGUCCUGCACAUGGUUACGCUUCAUUGCUUCAGAAUCAUGUAUCAGGUAAGGAACCAAAUCUUGCAGUUGCAUUGUCCAAUUUCCUUUAUCACACCCACAGGAAAGGCUUCCUUGAUGAUAAUAGCAUAUCUGAUAUUUGUCGAAGGAUCCCAAUUAUUGAUGGGGCUGACCAUGUUAGAACGCAAAGAACCGUUACUCUUGUCCCUGUAUUAGAUAGCAAAUGGAUGAAGUUGUUUGGACCUCAAAACCCAUUUGUGGAACAAAAUUACGUUGAUAUAGGGUAUGUUUAUUCUAAAAGUAGACUGUUUCUGGGAGAAUCUACGCCUGAGAAGGAGCUUCUUCAUUUUAUUAGCAAGCAUAGUAAAGCUGUGGACUUACCGGAGUUGUAUCCUCCAGAUGUGGUGCUACAGAUAGCAUCUCGUGAACUGUCAAGUGAGCAGGCCUUUUUGCUACUCGAUUGGAUCAGAUUUCUUCGGAAUAAAGGUUCACCUUUACCUUUGAUUUUCAUUGAAAGCAUUCGAGAUGGAAAGUGGAUGAAGACAUAUUCAGGUUAUGUUUCUCCAAGAAAGGGCAUUCUUCCAGAUGAAACAGGGAAAGCUAUUAUUGAUAUGAUGAAGGAUGUUCUGAAGGAUGUCCCCAUUUUAGACCUGGAAUUUUAUAUGAACCGAAUCAAUCUUUAUCAAGAUGAAUUGAAAUUUCUGGGUGUGGGACUUGGAUCAGAUGAUGUGCGGAGGCUGGUUGCUAAUUGGUUAAAUUCCCUUGCUUCUCCUGGAAUGAACAAACUGUGCACGUUUUCUUUGCUGACUUUCAUUAAUUUUUGUAGAGGAAGAAAUACGAUUGAUGAGGACUGGUUGGAUGUUGUGAAGGAUAAGAGGUGGGUGAAGACUCAUCAGGGUUAUAAUGCUCCCAAGGGAUCUAUUCUUUUGCCAUCUGAGAUAGAAGCUGAAACCUGUUUAAAAAUUGCAAAUCUUCCUAUUGUUGAUCAAGCAUUCUAUGGAAGCAGAUUAGGUUCUUUCUUAUCAGAAUUAAGGCUACUUGGAGUUACAUAUGGUCUGGAGGAGGUGCAAAAAUCAAUUGCAGAGAAUAUGACUUUAACUUCAAAUCUGUCUUCCCUGACUGGUAGUUGUUUUUUGUUGAUUCUUAAAUGUAUCAGAUGCUUGGGAUCUGGAGCUGCGGGCUUGAUUAUAAAGAUUAAAUGUAAACCUUGGAUAAAGACAACUUUGGGUUUUAAAACCCCUUCAGAAACUGUUCUUCCUGAUCCAAGAUGGGGUGCUUUGUUCACUGCUCUUCAGGUCCCUGCCAUAGAGGAAUCAUAUUAUGGGGAUGCAAUUAGGAAUUUCACUGAUGAGUUGAAUGCUAUUGGAGUGGUGGUUGAUUCUACCGGAGCAACUAAGAUGAUAGGUGCUCGGUUUAAUUCCCUACUGUCUUCUUCUAGCUUAGCUCCUGCCACAACGAUGUUGUUGUUAGGUUGCAUCAGAGAGCUGAGUCAAAAUAUGUCUUUACAGUGCUCUGAACUGAAGUGGUUGUUGUGUGAGAAGUGGUUGAAAACACGUCAUGGUUAUAAGACACCUGGUGAAUCAAUUAUUUCCGGCUCUAAUUGGGGACCGAUCUCAUUUUUUGUUGAUCUUCCUCUCAUAGAUGACGCACACUAUGGUAUUGCCAUAUAUAAGUUCAAGGAUGAACUCCAGAUGUUGGGUGUCAUCACGGAUUUUGAACGAGGAGCUCCAUUUGUUGCUAAAGGUCUCCACAGCCCAAUUCAACCUGAACUACUUGCUGCAGAUGGUAUGAUAUCAUUGUUGGAGUGCAUCAAGCAUUUAAGGUCCAGGUCUGAUGAUGAGCCUUUACUGGGUGACUUACGGCAGAACGUUGCAGAAAGCAGGUGUUUGAAGACCAUGAAGGGUUACAAAAUUCCACAAGAAUGUGUUCUCUUUGAUCCAGCAUGGGAAAGUAUUCUUAAGAGGUCAGAUGCUCCAAGCAUUGAUGAAUCUUUUUACGGAACUAGCAUUUUUUUGUACAAGAAUCAGUUGAGAGAUAUUGGUGUGAAGGUAGACCCAUUGGAUGUUUGUUCUCUUCUUUCUGGGCUUCUUUUGUCACUAUCAGACAGGGGUGUAAUUACAAGGAUUUAUGGCUUCCUGAACAAGUUCCAAUGGAGUCCGAAAGAUCAAGAUAAAUACAACUUUCAGGUGUGGAUACCUGGCUCAAAGGGUACAGGUGUAUGGGCUAAUUCUCAGGAUUGUGUACUUCAUGAUAGGAAAAAUCUGUUUAGCUCCCGUUUGUUCUGUCUUGAGAAGUUUUACAAGAAAGGGCUCCUUCCCUUUCUUUCUUCAGCCUUUGGAGUUGCAGAAAAUCCUUCCAUCAAUGAUUACUUGCAGCUAUGGAACUCAUGGGCUCUGAGGGAUAACGGUCAAGUAACUGUUGCAGAGUGCUGCUCCUUUUGGGAGUUUGUUGUAGACAGCUGGAAUCAACAGGUAGAAGAUAUUCUGAAGCGGAACUUGACUAAAUUACCUGCCACAAUGGACACCGUUGAUGAAAUAUAUCUGGUGAGCAGAGAGGAAGUAUUUAUUGCUGAUGACUUGCAACUGAAAAAGAUUUUCUCCAGCUCUAAUAAGGUUCCUCUGUUUGUGUGGAUUCCCAAGAGUAUAAGCGAGUGUUAUAUUACUCCAAAAAGACUACAUGCAAUUUAUGAAAUACUCAGAGUUAGAAAGAUGUCUGAGUCAGUUGAGUGCAAUGUGAGCAGCACGCUAUCAUUUGAGCAUUGUGAAAAGGUUGAUCCAAGAGAGAGAUUAAUUGGGAGGGGUUUAAUCAAAAUUAUUCUGGGUUUUCUAGCUGGUCCUGAGGUAAAUAUGCCAGUGAAAGAGAGACACGAGGUCGCUAGAUCGAUAGUUGUACUGUCUGUGUACAAGAGUGACAAACCGAUUCAAGUCUGCUAUCAACUAAAGCCAUCUGCAAGUACAACAGUUGAAGUGGAAAAAUUAAAGCUGGUUCUUUGGGAGAAGAAUUCUCCGCAUUUGCUCAUUGAUGAAUUAGGCUAUGAGGAUGGGAAAGAUGAUCUGGAAUUUGUUGCUUCUUUUGCUGAUGAACUCGCUCGAGGACUGUUAGCACAGGUGAGGCCUACUGCAGCAGAUGCUCUGAGCAAGAUUAUCCAAAUGGGGUAUAUGUUCAAUUUUAAUGAGAAUGAAGUGGAGUUUUUGCUGAUGAAAGACAAUUUGGAGUUACUUGUGGAGGAUGUUAAGUUUCUUGAUUCUGCAUUCCUCUCAUCAAGAGAAACUACUGUAACUGCUGUGUAUCGAAAGCGUGCACAUAAAAAGUUAGAGCAAUUAGGCCCUUCCACACCAAUGCCUGCAUGCAAGAAGCAGCGUCGGUUAUAA